CGCUCCCUGAGCUGUAUAAGGGUUUUGUCAUGAACUACAUGAUGCAUGAUCUUGACAAACCCCUUCCGGAGCUUCUUAAAAUACUCCAGACUGCAGAGGAGAACCUUACUAAGGGCAAGGGUGCUUCCAUCCUUAUGGUCCAAGGCGGAAAGGGGAAGCCGAAGAAGGGGAUUAAGAUUAAGGCUAGGACGGUCGGAAAGCCUAAAUCAAAGUCCACUUUAUCUGCAACCCAGAAACCUGUAGGAGGGAUUGCAAAGGGCAAAUGUCAUCACUGUGGUAAGGCAGGCCACUGGAGGAGAAACUGCAAGACAUACCUCGCAACCAAGAAGAAGGAAGGUACGACCAUUUCUUCUGAGGUGUAUGUUAUAGAAGUUAACAUGUCUAUAUCUUCAUCAUGGGUACUAGAUACUAAAUGUGGGUCUCAUAUCUGUACUACCAUGCAGGGACUGAAGCAGAGUAGACGGUUAGCUCGAGGCGAGAUUGAACUCCGAGUCGGCAAUGGUGCACCUGUUGCAGCUUUGGCAAUCGGAACUUAUAGUUUAGUCUUUCCUAGUGGUCUAAUGUUGGAAUUAAACGACUGUUUGUACGUUCCUGCAAUUAGCAGAAACAUUAUUUCUGUUUCAUGUCUUGAUAAGAGUGGUUUCAUCAUUUCUAUUAAAGACAAGUCCCUUUCCAUUUACAGAAAGAAUGCUUUCUAUGCUAAUGCCAACAUGACCAAUGGGUUAUAUGUCCUUAACUUGGACAUGCCUAUUUGGGGCUGUGAGGCUUACGUCAAACGUCUUAUGACGAAUGGCAAGCUUGACGCCAAGUCUGAUAAGUGUUUCUUCGUGGGAUACCCUAAGGAAACUCGUGGGUAUUCAUUCUAUCACCCUAUCGAUAAGAAGGUAUUCGUUGCUCGCAAUUGUGUCUUCCUCGAGAAGGAAUUUCUCUCUAACGCAACUAGUGGGAGAAAGAUAGAGCUCGAAGAAAUUCGAGACGACGAAGAAACUACCGCGCCGGUUCAGGAACAUGAGCUAGAGGAACAAACCAUUGUACCUCAAAAUGCUCAAGAUACACAAGAACCCCGUAGGUCUAACCGGUUACGCACACAACCUGAAAGGUAUGGAUUCAUCCUAACCUUUGAGGGUGACGUAAUGCUUAUCGACCAGGAUGAGCCAGAGACCUACCUCGAGGCAAUUAGUUGUCCCGAGGCUGAGGAAUGGCGUCAAGCCAUGCAGUCCGAAAUGGAUUCCAUGUACACCAACCAACGAUCAAUCUACGAAUUGAAGCAAGCCUCACGGAGUUGGAACAUCCGUUUUCACGAAACCGUCAUCGGAUUUGGUUUUGAAAGAAAUUUGGAUGAAUCUUGUGUAUACAAGAAGGUCAGUGGGAGUGCUGUAGUCUUCCUUGCUCUGUAUGUUGAUGACAUACUGCUCAUAGGAAAUGAUAUUCUUACUUUAACCACCGUCAAAACGUGGUUGAGUAAGAGUUUCUCUAUGAAGGACUUGGCUGAUGCCAGUUAUGCACUUGGCAUAAGGAUCUAUAGGGAUAGAUCACGGAAGCUGUUAGGUCUCAGUCAAAGUACAUACAUAGACAAGGUCCUCACUAGAUUCAGCAUGUCUGAAUCGAAACGAGCAAGUUUGCCUAUGGUCCAAGGCACGAGUCUUUCUAAGACUCAGGGUGCUUCCACUCCAGAGGAAGUAAAACGCAUAAGAAAUGUUCCUUAUGCGUCGGCCAUUGGAUCCAUCAUGUAUGCGAUGGUAUGUACGAGACCUGAUGUCGCCUUUGCUCUGAGUGUCACGAGUAUAUACCAAUCCAACCCUGGCGAAAGCCAUUGGACGGCUGUGAAGAACAUCCUUAAGUACUUUCGUAGGACUAAGGAUGCCUUCCUGGUAUAUGGCGGAAAAGAAGAGCUCAGUAUUGUUGGAUAUACUGAUGCCAGCUUCCAGACUCAUAGAGACGACUUCAAGUCGCAGGCAGGGUAUGUGUUUUGUUUGAAUGGCGGAGCUGUUACCUGGAAGAGUUACAAGCAAGAUACUACUGCUGAUUCCACUACAGAAGCAGAGUACAUGGCUGCAGCCGAGGUAGCCAAGGAAGGUGUGUGGCUCAAGAAUUUUAUUACUGAGCUUGGAGUGGUUCCUAGCAUCAAGAACCCUAUACAGUUGUUUUGCGACAACAAUGGGGCAAUUGCACAAGCGAAAGAACCUAGGUCUCACCAGAAGACCAAACACAUCGUUAGACGUUAUCACAUCAUACGAGAAAUCGUUGCACGUGGGGACGUUGAAUUUGCAAGAUAGGUACAGACGACAAGAUCGCGGAUCCGUUGACGAAGGCUUUGGGAAAGCCUAAACACGAGAGUCAUACGUGGUCCAUGGGCAUUCGAGAAAUGCUUGAUUGGCUUUAGGGCAAGUGGGAGAUUGUUGUAUUUAGGUGCCCUAGCGGCAAUCAAAUACCUAUGUACAG